GCUGUUGAAACGGAGCAGCCAUCAGAUUAGAUCCACCUUCAGCCCGACGCUCGGGGUUAGAUCUGCUCCUCUGUGCGCGCGGCUCCAAGAAACGCGCAAUCUGUAUUUUAUUUCAUUUUUUUAAACAUAUAUCCAUACAUUUGAUCGGAUCCCUGCGCAGAAACACCAUCAGGUGAGGUUCCACCUGUGUUCCUGUUCAGAUGGCUGCCUCACCCCACUUUACAUUCUCCCCUCGCCCCCACUUGUUGAUGGGGCAGCGGGGCUCUCCCUUUAAUUCUUAUGCGUAAUUUGGAUCCAGCUCAGAGCGACGGUGGAAGUUUGCGCUGUUUCCUGACAGAUGGUUGCAAUGGGGAGCGUUCGGUAACAGCCCUCGGCAUCGGAUUACACAGGCAGGCUGCUGCCAGGUAAAGCAGCAGAAUGGGGAACCAGAUGGACCGGCUGUCACAUUUAAGUUACGCAGAAGUUCCCACGGUGGAUCCGAACGGCCUGGACACGGACGAUGGUCCGCGGAUCGGAGUCUCUUACAUCUUCUCAAACGACGACGACGAGCUGGAGGACGGAUGCGCGGGGGAUGGCGGAGAAAACAACGCCAACGAGGAAGAGAAAAACUACGAUCGGCGCGACGAGGUGGAGUGCGCCGUCUACCACAGAGAGGAGUGCGUCUAUGAGAAGAGCGCCAAGUGCGCAAACCUGGAGGUUUACUCUCCGGAAAACCUGCUCAACAAGUGCAAACCGGGAGACUUGGUGGAGUUCGUGGCCACGGGGCAGUACCCGCACUGGGCUGUGUAUGUCGGGGACUUCCAGGUGGUGCACCUGCACAGAGCCGAGGUGAAAAACAGUUUUCUGACAGACGCUAGUCAGGGGAGGAGGGGUCGGAUCGUAAACGACUGGUUUAAAUUCAAGCCCCUGUGCGCGGAGAUGGUGGUGCAGAACGCGAUGGAGCAGGUGGGGCUGAAGGACCGGGAGCUGAGCUGGAGGAACUCGGAGAGCUUCGCAGCCUGGUGCAGGUUCGGCAAGAGGGAGUUUAAGAUGGGCGGGGAGAUCCGGAUCGGCAAACAGCCCUACAGGCUCAAAGUGUUUGUGUCGGACAAACACUCCCACGUGUUGGAGUUUCAGAGCUUGGAGGAUGUUAUCAUGGAGAAGAGGAGGAACGAACACCUGGGCAGGACAGCCGUGCUGCAGGAGCUGAGCGCGCAUUUUAGAGGCUUAGGAGAAGAAAAGUGAAAUUACUGCUCCUCAAAAUAUCUGCUCCCCUGGUCUUUUCUAUGCCACCGUUAAACCUACAGGAAGUUUGCAAAAAAUAUGCACACCUUCAAAAUUCACAUUUUGU